AACUUCCAAGAUGUCCGCCUCGUAGAAAACGUGUGUUGUUACGGUAAUGUCUGUUAACGGAUAAUAAUAAUAAUAAUUUAUUAUUAUUCUAGAGAUUGUAAAGCCUUAGAAAGACUUUCCAGCAAAUCGUGGUAGUUUAGAGAGGUGUCUGAUUAUCUUGGUGAUCGUUUACUCUCUCUCUGAGUAAAGUGAUUAAAUGAGAAUAUCAGGAGUACAGACAGAAUGGCAGGACUGACUUUAUUUGUGAAGAAUUUACCCACAUCAGCGUCGAGUGAGCACCUGGAGGAAAUCUUCUCUGAAGUGGGCCCUGUGAAGCGCUGCUUCGUGGUCAGAAAUAAAGGCUCAGAGACAUGCCGUGGUAUCGGCUACGUCACUUACUCCAUGGAAGAAGAUGCCCAGCGAGCUCUCCGAGAAAUAAAGGACUACGAUGGGCAAAAAAUCUCAGUGGUUCAGGCAAAGAAAAAACUGCACGAAAAGAAGAAGGGAAAGAAGAAAAAAGCUGAACCAACAACAGAGAGUCCUGAGGAACCAUCAGAGGUGAAAAGCCAGAAGAAGCCACAAGGGAUGAGGAAGAACAAGCUGAAGGCCAGGCUUAUUAUCCGAAAUCUCAGUUUCAAAUGUUCCGAAACUGAUCUUAAGGAAGUCUUUUCAAAGUAUGGGACAGUGCUGGAAGUUACGAUCCCUCUAAAACCAGAUGGAAAGAAACGAGGAUUUGCCUUCGUCCAGCUUAAGAACAUGCUGGAAGCAGGAAAAGCCCUCGCCGCAAUCAACCUGAAAGAAAUUAAAGGCCGACCGGUUGCUGUCGACUGGGCCGUAUCUAAAGACAAGUUCAUGGCUAACCAGCCCAGCUCUGCAUCAGGAGGUAAAAAAAAGGAUAACUCGGAAGUGACCGAGGCUGAUGAUGAGGAAGAGGAUGAUGAGCCUGCAGAGAAACAGUCUAAAGCACAGCAAGAGGAGCACUCUCACAGCAACUCUGAGACAGGCUCAGCAUCUGAUGAUGAUGAUGAUGAAGAAGAGGAGGAUCACAGCAAAGACAGUGAGGAUGAAGAUGAUGAAGAGAAUAAUGACUCGGAGUCUCUGGACGCAGACAGUGAUGCAUCAGAUGAUGAGGAUAUGGAUGAGGAUGAAAACGCCAAGAAGAAGAAACCAAACAAUCCUCUCCCUUCAGAUGUGAAUGAGGGAAGAACGCUAUUUAUCAGAAACCUGUCCUUUGACUCGGACAGCGAGGGAAUAGAGGAAAUCCUUCUGCAGUUCGGGGAACUCCAAUAUGUGCGGGUUGUGGUACAUCCUGAAACCGGACACUCGAAAGGCUGUGCAUUUGCUCAGUUCAAAACAAAAGAGGCAGCAGAGAAAUGUCUAACAGCAGCACAGACGGAAUCAGAGGCUGGCGGUGUGAGGGUGGAUGGGAGGAAGCUGAACAUCGUGCUGGCAGUGAGCAGAGAGGACGCUUCCAAACUGAAGAGCAAGAGAGUGAAAACUCACAAAGGCUCCAGGAACCUCUACCUCGCCAGAGAGGGCUUGAUCCGUGCUGGAACCAAAGCAGCAGAAGGCGUUUCUGACUCUGAUAUGGCCAAGAGGGCGAGGUUUGCAGAGCUGAAGAAGGCAAAGCUGAAGGACGUGAACGUGUUUGUGUCUCAAACGCGGCUGUGUGUUCACAACCUUCCCAAAAAUGUGGACCGCAAGCAUCUCUUUAAACUCUGUCUAUCCGCCGCAGGGAGAGGAAAAGGUGUCCGUAUCAAGGAGUGUCGCGUGAUGUAUGACAGGAAGCCGGUGCGCGGCGAGCCGAUGGGUCACUCCUUAGGUUACGGCUUUGUGGAGUUUCAGGAGCACGAACACGCCCUCCAAGCCCUGCGUCACCUUAACAACAACCCCGACAUCUUCACGGCCAACAAGAGACCCAUUGUGGAGUUUUCGCUGGAGGAUGGCAGGAAGUUAAAAUUGAAGGCUAUGAGGGAGCAGAAGAGCAAAAUGACACCUGCCUCUGACUCCAGGGCCGAUAAGAAAAAGACGAACAGCGUUGGCUCUCAGGAAGACAAGAGUAAGCAGCAUCAGCAGAGAUCUCCUAAAAAGGCCUCUGCUGCAGUUCAGCAGUCAGGAGGAGCUCAGAAAGGCAGCGAGAAGAAACGGGGAGCUCUGAGCAGCCAUUACUCAGGCUUCAAAACUACACCGGAAGUGGAGCAUGUCGAGUUGGGCGACGGCAGAAAACGCCAGAAGAUUCUUCCCAUGCCUUCACAUAUCGGUCCAAAGAUCAGGAAACGGGAUAAAGGAAAACAGACUGCCCAGGUGAAGAGACUGAAGACGGUCCCCAGCAGGAAGGAGAGAAAGGGACUCCCGUCGAUGGAGAAACCCAGUCAAAAUAAGAAACAGAAUGCUAAACCAGUGAAGAGGAAGUUCCACAACAGAGAGGACGAUCACUUUGACCGUCUGGUCGAACAGUACAAGAAGAAACUCACAGGCACGUCAAACUCUAAAGACUCACUUGUCAAGAAGAGCAAGUGGUUCAGUUGAGAGUGGAUGUAAAUAUUGCUGUGAGUGAGAACAUACCAGAGAAAGACUGAAUUUUACUUGGAGUCUGUGGUUUGAUACGUUUUAUAUCAAGGAAAAAAAAAGGUUAAUAAUAAUGUAAUGUUUCACGUUCCAACAUUUUUUUUGUUGUUGUUGUUGGGACUGCUUUACUUUUAGGUGUAGCAGAAUUCACCAAUCUACAGGAAAUUAAUAUUUGAGUAAACAUGGGUUUACAUGUUUGUGUUUUUUUUUUUGUUUUUUUUUAAAUAAACAGGUGA